AUGUCUCUCGAGUCUGCAACUACAGCCAUCGACCCAACUGCGGCAUUUGCCGCGCAAACAUCUGCGAAAGACGGCCUGCUUGUGCCCGACGUGAGCGACAGCAUCGCGCAGUUCCUGCCCACCGAGGUCUCAAGCAGCGAGUCUGAGGACGAAGAAGAAGCUGGUUCUGCCGCUGGCGGCUCUGCCCGCCCGCCCACUGCCUCAGACCCUCAUCCCGAAUCUUGCGGUGCUCCCGAAUCGGAGAGCGAGUUUUUAGAAGAGCUGGACGACAUCAGCGACGGAGAGGGCGCCGGCGCCGCUAGCAAGGAGAAAGACAGUGCACCGGGCGCUGGCGCUGGCGCUGGCGCUGGCGCUGGCGCUGCUUCUGGAAUUGCAUCGGCCCAUGUGGCCCCCAGGUCUGGAAUCGCCGCUUCUGAGGCGGCCCCUAAGUUCCGCGGUCGUCCUUCUUCCUGUGUUUUUGUCGCAAGUCUGGCCGCUUCACUCGGCGACGAUGACUUGUGUCUUUCUGUGACUGAGAACUUCAAAAAAUUUGGGAGGUUAACCAUGGUAAAGGUGCUACGCGACCCUGCCAACCGGCCCUACGCAUUUGUUCAGUACACCAACGACGCCGACGCGAAAAAGGCUCUAAAAGAAGCACAGGGCUCAAGUUUAAAUGGGCGUACAAUUCGCUGCGGGCCAGCACGCGUUAAUCGCACCCUGUUUGUCUGCUACAAAGGUCGUAACUUGAACUCCAGCGGUCUUGUCUCGGCGGCAUUUGUGAACCAGCUGCUCGAGAAAUUUGGAGAAUUGGAACAGCUUGUUGCCUGCAGAGACCAGUUCUUCCACAGAAAAAACAACGCAUAUUCCGGUUCUGAUAGGAGCAACGCCUGGUUUAUUCAAUUCGCCUACCGCGAUGAUGCCAUACGCGCGUUUGCCAAUUUGAAGUCGGAUCUGAACUGGGUUGUUGAAUGGGCGCAAAACAUCGAGGCACCCUCCCACAUGAACAUGCUUAGUGACAGCAAGAACCUAGUUAUUCGGGAGGAAACGGAGCCUGAAAACGAGGGCGCAUGUAUUAUGCCCGCAGAUUCCUACUCUGAAUCCAGCGGGAGCGAAGUUGUAAUUGAUCAAAAGUCAAUUUUUGUGGGGCAAUUGGAUCCCAUGGCAACCGAGGAAGGUGUGUUGGAGCGCUUUUCGAGACAUGGGUCGAUUUUAGAAUUGAACUUGAUCUCUAAACCCAACAAUGUAUUUGCAUUCAUUAGGUUCACCACCGAGGAGGCAGCAGCAGCAGCAUUAGAGAUGGAGAACCACGCAAUGUUUCUUAACAAAACCAUGCAUGUGCAAUACCGCGAAAUCGGAGGAAUCAAGAAAUUCAGGCGCGGCAACUACAACCACCGCAACAAUAAUAAUGGUGUCCACGGCAACCACAACCCAAGUGGAAGUGGGAACGGAAGCAGGCAUGAAAGCACUAGCAACUCGCAAGCUUAUAACCAAGCCACUUAUCAGCCGCCGCGCUUGAACCUUGCUCCACCACCAAUAAACGUGGGAAAGAGAAGGUCGAGCACUGGGUCGGGCAACUAUAACCACCAUUAUCAACAUUAUCCGUUUGGCCAUGAAUUUCAAGUCUACGCGCACCAACCACAUCAACUGUCCAUGAUGGGCGGUCCCAAGAAAUCGAAGGCUAGCCUCAGGCACAGAAAUGUCGAGAUUACGAAGUCCAUCGACGAGAGUAAUAAUGAUAGUACUAAUACCAGCAGUAAUAAUAAUAAUAAUGAUACCGAUAAUCUCAACGGUGGAGCAAGCGAAAAGAGUAAGGGUUUGCCGAACGAGCUCAAGAGCGCGGCAAGCCAGUCUUUCGUUACUGAUGUUACUUCUGACACGUCUGGCUCUGCUGGAAAUAAUGAUGCAUCGACCAAUGCAAGCACUUCGAGAUAUACAUAUUCCGCAGGCGGAAUUAAUUACAAAAAGAAGCUUGAUGAGUAUAAAAAGAGAGGGAACUACCCAACUUUUGACCCCUACUACUACCCACCCUACUACUACCCAGUUGAGUUCCCUCUAAACCCAAUGGGUCCUUCAGGCCUCGCUGGACGGGCCGGACCAGGAGCUCCUCUAUCAGCCUCAGGAAGCCCAGCACACCCAGGAAAUCAGCCCUACUUCAUGUAUUACCCUCUGCCACAAGGCAGUGGCAUGGAGUUCGCGGAUAUGCAUAAUAUGAUGGUCCCGCAUUUGGGCGGAUCACCAGGGCCAAUGGGGUCACCCAUUUUCCCACUGCCCAUAUCGCAGCAGCACUUCAUCCCCAGCGAUCGCAGCGUCAGUUUCAAUGGCGAGGAAAAGGCGGCCCUCGAGUACUGA